AUGAGCGGAAUAAGGGCUCUGUACCUUUUUGCCCCAGUGGCAGAGGGAGGACAACACGCCCUGAUUUACGAGAGGCGUUUCCCCAGCGUGGAGGUGUGCGCGAGAAGUGUCCAGACACAUAAUUAUGUGAACCUUUCCAAAUUGAAGAAAGUGGAAGAAUUACUUAAGGAGCAGAUAAUAAAAAGAAGCUCUCAAGAAGUAGACACCCACUCUCAGUUUGUCCAACUGAACAGAACAAUAUGUUGUUAUUCUGUACGCGCGAAGAAUAAAGUUAUCUGUCCAUUUUUAUUGAUGAGAAGUAACAGGUUCAUUUUGAUAGUUCUUCUACUGAUGGAAAAUGCUAACAGUGAAAUUCCCUCGGUGGAGGCUGUAAAUAGUGCCAAUAAGUUACUCUAUUACAACUUCAUGCAGGAUUUCUUAACGUACAUGGAAGGUAAGAUGGCCAAAAGAGGUUCUUGCCUUUUGACCCAUUACGGUUUAGGGAACUACAACAAGGUAGUAGUUUUGCAGAAGAUUGGCACCAUGGGGGAUGCGUACAUAACAUCCACCAUUCCAUUUGGAAGAUUUCUCGGAGGAAGGAACUCUCCCUUUAUGGAUUACCUAGAUGGAGAUAUGUACAAAAAGGGAGACGUUUUGCAAAGCACCUUCUUCCCCUUUUACAACUUUCUGAUGUUGGCAAACAGGGAGAAGAGUGUUCACCUGGGCAAAGAUGCACCGACUGUGUCUUGCACUUAUUUGCCCCAGGGGGGUAGCGAGUGUGGCUUGCCGGAAGGGAAACUUCAAUUUACUACCCCAAGUCAGAAAAGUGGGAGCGAUGAGGAUAGGCUGCUUAGCAGUGAUAAUUUCGAAGACUCAAACAGUUCAGGGGAGACACUGGAAAAUCUCCCCUCUGCAUUUGCCAAGAGGAAGGAACCAAAUGAUGUUCUGUACAUAAAUGCCAAGCCUCCCUUUGUGUCUCUCACAAAUGGAACUCGCACAAACAAGAAGAUAAGAGAGACCUUCUUCAAGCUACUUGUAAAAUUCUACAACCUGAUCAGUAGGAAAAACCUUCUCAGGAAGGGCAUUCAAGGGGAGACUUCAAAUCCACCUAAUGAACAUUAUCACUUAUAUCUUUUUCUCCUCUACAUUUACUCAUCUCUUCUGCGGAAGAACGAACAAACAGCCAUCGAAAACUACUGUGCUCAGAAUGAGAGCCUGAGGAUUAGCAGGGGGAACAUCCAGACCUAUGUCCCGAUUUAUGUCCACGAGAGAAGCAAGCGGUCGCCCACUCACCUGAUCAUUAGGGAGGAGCUCACCGGUUUUGUAACAAGUUCGGCAAAUCGGACCGCGGAAGUGAAGGGCGAAAUAAUACUGCAGUGUGAUGACGAGCGGUACUUGGACGUCGACCUGACGCUGCAGAUGGACAACCAUGUGUACGACGUAUACGCAGCAGAUUUCGUCAACGUGGAGAAGAGAGGACAGCUGCUACACAUCCAAGUGACCACGAAGCAUACGACUAACACAGUGCUCACGUACUACUACAGGGAUGUACCUUCUCCCCUUAUCGGUUUCUACACUAUUAAAAAGUCCAGUGAGAAAUGCGCACAAGUGGACGUGACACUGCAGUGGAAUAGGAACGCCCCUUCCAUAAGGUUUGAUAAGAAAAUGACGGAGCCCUUUUUUGUGCGACUACCCUUUCACGGCGAAAUUGUGGACCACACUUUGAAAUGCAACCUGGGAAAGAUAAAAAUUGAAGGCAAGCAGGAAAUCAAGUGGACGCUUCUUGACCUUCCGAGACAAUCGCGCGCAUCCCUGUCUGGAACGGUCCAACUGAACCAUGCGGAUAUGGAUGAAAAACAGCUAGCUGCGGAAGUCCACCUGUUAUCCAAGUGCACUUACUCCAAAACGGCUGUGACUCACGUGAGCGAGGAAAUACAUCCGGAGCAAUUCUUCCACACACGGGGUUUGAAACUACUCAGUUCCUAG